CAAGGACAGAGGAACAAACACACGGUCUGAUGAAUCGACAAAAACACAGGCAGGAAAUUAUGGCAUCAGUUAUGCAGGAGAGUUUGACCUGGCAGGGGAAAAAUGCGAUGAUCCAUCUAAGUGGCUGUGGCAUUCAGCUGGUGUCUAAAAAGGGCCGUCUCUCACGCACACCUGCCCUCCAUCUGUUAUCGACACAUGCUGAGGAUUCUCGUCGCUUGACGCUCUCCUCUUCCUCCUCCUCCUUCUCCUCUUCCUCCUCCAUACAGGAUCAGGGUCGAUCUCCUGCUCAGGCCUCCGGGCGAGAAUCUGAGAAUCUCCCCCCGAGACGCCCUCUGAAACUCGCUCCGCUAGAGCUCCCCCUAGAGGUGCAGCGGCAGAAGCUCAAAAGCGCUCAGGAGGUCAAAGAGACGUAUCCGAGAAAGGCCAAAGUUUGUUGGUGGGACGGCCCAGACAAGUCGCCAGAACGCUCCCCGCUGAGUACCAUCACAGAGCCACACAAACCACUGCUACCUGUCAAUCAAGUCAAACUUGUUUCUGAUAGGCCAGCAGGGAAGGAGGCGGGGCAGACGGAAGGUAAUUCUACCGUCCGCUCAACACCUGCUCCCGAGAAUGUCUGCCAAUCAGAGCACGGCAACAGCCAAUCAGCCACUCCCGCUAAGAGCCAGGAUGCAGUCAAGAGGCGUCUAAGACUGCGAAGAACCCAGCGGCUGGAGGAGGAUCAAAGCAAAUCCAGCUCAUCAACAGGUGGAUUAUCUGCUGAUGAGAGCAAACUGGCCCCAGCCUGCCCUGCCAAGGGUCAGGGCACUGCCCAGAAGGCCCUCCGAGACACCAGCCAUGUGCUGGAAAAGACAUCGUGGAGAAACCCGCGGGACUGAGGCAGUGGGUAAUGUCAGGAGAAGGAUGGCUGUUAAUGACAUUCAGGAAGCCGUACUCUGACUCUUUGACCUGAAGAGGAAGUGCAGCACGUGGUGUUGGGGUUAGAGACUUGAACAUGGCAAUAGAGUCAUGUUUACAGAGGAUUUUCCCUCUUGGGUUUAGAUGGGAAAACAGCUCAGUUGAAGCCCGCAGUAAUGUCGAAAACAGCACAACAUUCCUGAUCCGAAUAUUGGU